AUGGAACUCGACAACAAUAAGUAUGAACCCCCAGCCAGCUGGUCAUUGACGCCAGAGUUUGUCCAGAAACACCAGCCUGGAUUUGCGACCCCGCGCAUCCUGCACGCAUCAGAGCACGACGGCCGGAUGUGGUCUGUUCCUCACCCGGGUCCCCGGGCGCACUCUGGCGGAGGCGUGGCCCACGCUCGACGAGAAAUGGAGACAGCACGAUGUGGAGCGGGUGGUGGGGGAUCUGCGAAACGCUUGCGUGCUGGAAAGGGAGUGGUCCCUGAGCAGUAUCUGAUGAAGUACGGGGUGGAGCACGACUAUGCUUCGGAGAAUCUGCGACAGCCUUGUGAAGAGAUGGGGCAUGGACUGUUCGGAUUUGGGUCUUUUAUCAUGCGGACCUUGGCCCCGGGGAAUAUCAUCGUAGAAGAUGUCCCGCGGACGGGGUCUCUUGGGCUCAUUGACUGGGAGAUUGCAGGAUACUUUCCGAGAGGAUGGAUCCGGACCAAUGGGUUGGACCUUCCGGGCUCGGGGGCAGAGCCGCAUGGCGUGGCGAUCCGAGGUUCAGAGAUCACUUGGGGCACAUGGGUUUGA